UUGUCAACCAUUUUAACUAAGGAGAUACAACAGUAAUAAUUAAUUAAUGUGACCUACAUAUGGUAUAAUCAUAGUGUGUGUGUGUGUGUGUUAGAGAUCCAAGAAUCAAUAAUAACCAGUGGAAUCCAUUGCAUGCAGGCAUUUCAGAAUUUACUGGAAUUUUCCUAUAAUUAUUAGUGAUUCUUAGUUAUUUCUGAAAUAACUGGUUGAUAAUUUAAAUACUGAGGUAGCCAGUUAUGCUGGUUGGGAGAAAAAAUAGUUAAAUUUGAGAUGUGAAAUCCGCGAAGCUGGCAUUCAUUUGCCUGGACGUCUGUCUGUCAGACAGGUACAUAAGCUUAUAUAGAAGCCAUAUUGGCGUGUGGUCGUAAUUCCACAUGGCGGAGGAGACGAUAUAUUUGUGUAAUUUCCGUGUGUCCGUGGAUGGAGAUUGGCUGUGUUUAAAGGAAUUAAGUGAUGUUCAGUUAACAUUACAGCCAGAGGUUAUAGAAGAUGAACGUGACCCGAAAACAAUAGAGCGAUGUAAUUUAUUAAAUGUCUGUAAACUGAUUAUAAAAGAAUUAAUAGAUUCGUCUCUAGCUCAUGGUCGGAUGUUAGAUGAUGAUCACGUGCCAUUACAGCAGUUUUUUGUUGUCUUGGAACAUGUGUUACGAAACGGUCUUAAACCCAAGAAGGGAAUAUUACGUGAUAAACAUGAGUUUUGGGCUGUGUUGGAAAAAAUAGAAAAAUAUGCACCUGAAGCAGGGGAGAUAACUACCAGUGUUCGGGACAUGUCUGAUAUAAAAUCACCAUUGGGUCGAGCCAGAUGUUGGAUUAGACUGGCAUUGAUGCAGAAAAAAUUGGCUGAUUAUUUCAAACUUGUUAUAGAACACAAAGAUCCACUUCUUAGUGAAUUUUAUGAACCCGGUGCAUUUUUAAUGGAAGAAGAAGGAAUGGUGUUAGCUGGUUUAUUAGUUGGAUUAAAUGUUAUUGAUUGUAAUAUGUGUAUAAAAGGAGAAGAUUUGGACCAACCAAUGGGUGUUAUAGAUUUUAGUUUAUAUUUAAAAGGAAAUUUUAAUAAUUCUGCUGAAGAAGAUGACAAUUCUCAUGGCAAUGCUAAAAUGGCAACAAUAUUAGACCAAAAAAACUAUCUUGAAGAAUUAAACCGACAUUUAAAUGCCACUGUAGCAAAUUUACAACAAAAACUUGAACAAUUCCAGACAACCAAUGCAUUAAUGAAGGAAGAUUUAGCCAUUGCAAAAAAUCAAAUCUUAAUGUUACAAGAACAAAAUGAAGCAUUACAGUCAGAAAACAAUGGCUUAUUAUUAAAUCAUGAUAAACAAAUAGAGGCCACAAAACAAGACAUAGCUACAGAACGACAAACAUAUGAAACAAAUCGAGCUGGACUUGAUAGCAUGUACUCAGAAGUUAAACAAAAACUGGAAGAAGAAACACAACUACGUUUAGAUGUUGAAAAAGAACUACAACUACAGAUCAGUAUGAAAAUGGAGAUGGAAAUGGCUUCAAGACUGCUAGAAAAAGAUAUCCAUGAAAAACAGGAUACAGUUAUCUCUCUUCGUAAACAGAUUGAUGACAUCAAGGGAAUAAAUUUAGAACUAUAUCAAAAGUUACAGACUUGUGAAGGAAGUUUAAAGCAUAAGACGGAGAUGGUUGGAAGAUUAGAAGAAAAGACAAAUCAGUUGAUCAAUACCAUGACAGAAAUGGAGAACAGAUUAAAACAGUUUCAGUCCGACAAACAAGCAGCUGAAGAGACAGCUAGAAAAUUAGGACAGAUGUUAGCAGAUAAAGAUGCUAAGAGAAGUGCCUUGGAAACUGAUCUAAAGAUAGAGAGGGAGUGGAGAGCAACGUUACAGAAAACACUUGAAGCUGAGAAGGAGAAAUGUAGUCAGUACCAUCUUGAAUUACAACAACUCAAGGAUGUGAAAAAGGAAUAUAACCAGCUGAAGAGUCAGUAUCAGUCAAUACAAGAAAUGUGUCAAGAUCAAGAGAGGGCUCUAGCAGAACUUGGUUCACAACUUGGAGAUUCAAAAAUGAAAGUAGAGAAUAUGAAAGAAAGUCAGUUGGUUGUGAAAGAAGCUCAAUGGAUGGAUGAUACAGAAUCUAAACAUUGUAAAAAAUGUGAAAAAGAAUUCUCAAUAUCACGCAGAAAGCAUCAUUGUAGAAACUGUGGAUAUAUAUACUGUAAUGAGUGUUCCGAUAAUAAGAUGUCACUGCCUUCUUCUUCCAAACCAGUUCGUGUCUGUGAUGAUUGUCAGACAUUUUUACUGCAAAGGUUCUCAGCAACAUAACCAUUCGACUCCUCCAGAAUUUUUAUUGUAAAUAAUUCAGCUUUGAGUUCAAAAAUUUUGUAGUUUUUACGCCAAAAGUUUAUUUUGUAGCUCGCAUUCAUAACCAUUCGACCCUUCCAGAAUUUUUACUGUAAAUAAUUCAGCUUUAAGUUCAAAAAUUUUGUAGUUUUUACGCCAAAAGUAUAUUUUGCAGCUCACAUUCAUUAGCUAGGCAUCAUCUGUUUUUAGGCCUUUGGUGUAGAGGUGAAGGGUCAUUUCCAUAUGGAAAAUUCAUCUAUCGGGAAUUCUCUAAUCAGGCUCAUGGGAAUUCCCAAUCUAAUUAAAAUACAGAUCUAUAUUUCGUUUCGUUUUUAUACUAUCGAUGGCCUACACUACAUGAAGAUCUAACUGGUUGUACUGGAAGGUCUUGUCAGGAUCGUACGAGCAGCUUUUGAUCCUAUGACGUCAGACAUUGAUAUAUUAAUCAACGUUGACGUUUCUUGUGGUUUACACACAUUUCUGUGCAUAGCACGGCAAGAACUCACCGUAACAGACCAUUUCAUUGGUUAAUCCCUCACUUCAACCAGAACGCCGGUAAAUAUAACAGAUCCUAGUGUAGUAAAGACAAGUAAAACAAAAUUUUGAACUAUAAAACCAAAACGAAAUAGGAUCUGAUUGGUAAUUAGAUCAGAAUGAAUAUAACUUUAUAAUUUUAAUCUUCUUGUUUUAACAAUAUAUAUACCAGUGAUGAGAUUUCACCCGUAUAUUCCGGACAUGUCCAACGCUAUUUUCCAAACGUCCUAAAUUGUUCGACCAGAAAUAUGCCCAAUCGCACAUCAAGACAUGGUUAUUAUUAUUCAAAAUUCCAAAAUUAAUAUAGUUUACUGAGUGAGUGUAUAACUACCACUCAACCCGAUUAGGCCUAUCGUUGAUAAUAGGCUGGAUUAAUUAUGUAAUAUAUUCCGGACAUGUUCGACCCUAUUUUCCAAACAUCCUAAAUUGUCCUACCAGGAAUAUGCCCAAUCGCACAUCACGACAUGGUGAAUAAUAUUCAAAAUUCCAAAAUUAAUAUAGUUUACAGAGUGAGUGUAUAACUACCACUCAACCCGAUUAGGCCUAUCGUUGAUAAUAGGCUGGAUUAAUUAUGUAAUAUAUUCCGGACAUGUUCGACCCUAUUUUCCAAACAUCCUAAAUUGUCCUACCAGGAAUAUGCCCAAUCGCACAUCACGACAUGGUGAAUAAUAUUCAAAAUUCCAAAAUUAAUAUAGUUUACUGAGUGAGUGUAUAACUACCACUCAACCCGAUUAGGCCUAUCGUUGAUAAUAGGCUGGAUUAAUUAUGUAAUAUAUUCCGGACAUGUUCGACCCUAUUUUCCAAACAUCCUAAAUUGUCCUACCAGGAAUAUGCCCAAUCGCACAUCACGACAUGGUGAAUAAUAUUCAAAAUUCAAAAAUUAAUAUAGUUUACUGAGUGAGUGUAUAACUACCACUCAACCCGAUUAGGCCUAUCGUUGAUAAUAGGCUGGAUUAAUAAUGUAAUAUAUUCCGGACAUGUUCGACCCUAUUUUCCAAACGUCCUAAAUUGUUCGACCAGAAAUAUGCCCAAUCGCACAUCAAGACAUGGUUAUUAUUAUUCAAAAUUCCAAAAUUAAUAUAGUUUACUGAGUGAGUGUAUAACUACCACUCAACCCGAUUAGGCCUAUCGUUGAUAAUAGGCUGGAUUAAUUAUGUAAUAUAUUCCGGACAUGUUCGACCCUAUUUUCCAAACAUCCUAAAUUGUCCAACCAGGAAUAUACCCAAUCGCACAUCACGACAUGGUGAAUAAUAUUCAAAAUUCCAAAAUUAAUAUAGUUUACUGAGUGAGUGUAUAACUACCACUCAACCCGAUUAUGUUGAUAAUAGGCUGGAUUGAUUAGGUAAUUAAAGAUUCAUUAUGGGAGAUUAGAUAAAGAGCUAGCAGUUCUCACUAUGAUAGUUAAAAACUAGAUAAUGUAAAGGGAACAGGUUUUUCUGUGGCAUACUAGGCAAAUGAAGGAAGUUGCUAGGUUGUGUCAUGGGUGUAACUGCUUACAAAAUCAAAAGAUUGGAAUAUCUAGUACAACAACAGGGAGCACAUACCCUAGUAACUACAAAUUUGGUCCUAACUCAAUUUUGAUAAAAAAAAAAGUCAGUUACUAGGUUUUGACGGAGAAUUGGUGUCAGUCAUUAUCAUAUAUGUGAUAGAACUGGUUAACCACGUUCCAGAUAUAAUUUUAACACAGAGAUCAUUGCUACGAUAGAUGCAUUAUGAAUCUUUCAAAAAAGGGAAGUGACGAACGCAAGAGGAAAACACGAGUUAUGCUUCUAUAAUAUAACUGACUGAAGUAACAAGUGAAAACUGAUACACGGGCGAAUUUCUGCUCACUAACAAUUCCCUUGAAGACCAACAGUUGUUAUGUGAGGCUUUGAGUGGAUAUCUGAUAAAUUAAAAAAGUAAAAAAGUAACUGAAUGUCAUAAGAUAAGGAAAAACGAGAUAAAAAGAAAUAUUCUCUACAUGUCUUUGUUUUUAUUCAUUCUAUACUUAAUAAAAACAUGGUAAUGCCCAGACUUUUUCUGUUUUUCUCGUUUUCUCAGUUUUAAUCUGUUCUAUUAUGAUAAUGACUGACACUAAUAUUGUCCUUUAAUAUGUAGUAUAUUGAAACUUCCAUGACUGUGACAAAAUACCUUCUUGAUGGAGGGAUUUAACCAUCCUAUUUGUCAAGUUUUUGUUGCUUAGGGAUUAUUAUUAUGCUUUAAGUAUGAUUUUGGUGACAUCGUCGGAUAAAUUUAAGGAUUGAAUUGAUGAUUAAGAAUAGAUUAUUUCACAAUUAUCAAGUUCCUACACAAGGUGAUACACAAGGGAGAUAAUCAUAAUGACUUGUAAAUCACAACUUGUCACACUGUAAACUGGGUAUCAUUUAAUUUUGUGUAUCUAGCACUAAUUUCUUUCACAUUCAUUCAAUAUCAAAUAUUUGUUUAAAAAUUUGUAAAAAUCAUUUGAAAUCACCAAAAAUCAUCUAAUUUGUACUUGUGUCCAUUUUAAAGCUGACCUUUCAAUUUUGAUAAUGAAUGAUUGUUACAAUCUGAUUAAAAUACAGAUCUAUAUUUCGUUUCGUUUUUUUUUAUACUUUCAAUGGCCUCUACUACUUGAAGAUCUGACCUGUUGUACUGGAAGGUCCCGUCAGGGGUUGUAGGAGCGGCUUUUGACACUAUAUGUAUGACGUCAGACAUUGAUUAAUCAAUUAGCGUUGACGUUUCUAGUGGUUUACCCAGAGUUCUGUGCAUGAAAUGCCAAGAAUUCACCGUAACAGACCGUUUCAUUGGCUAAUCCCUCACUUCAGCCAGAACGCCCGUAAUAUAACAACUCUUCCAGAUCCUAGUGUACUAAAGACAAGUAAAACAAAAUUUUGAUCUAUAAAAAACGAAACGAAAUAGGAUCUGUGUUUUUAAUCAGAUUGACAUAUAUAUCCCAGCUUGUCACAUGACCUUAAAGUUUUGUUUUUAAUAUUAAGAUAAAUAUUAUACAUGUAUAUAUUUUUUUUUAUGAACGAUAUUUAACAUGGGAAUGUAAAUAACAUGGGAAUGGCAUGUAUAUAGAACUACUUUCUUGGAGCUCAUAAACAGACAGCUAUCUUUUAUCUAUUACCAAUUUACUUCUCUUUGACAUUAUUUUAUACCGUCUGAAACUGUUUGUGGAAAGUACAGGAAAAAAUGAAAAAUAAUGAUUUCUGCGUUUUACAAUCUAAAUUAAACUUUAUUGCAUUCUUGAUUUUGUUUUGGUUGGUCCUUACUACGUACUUGAAGAUCAACUACGGUACUACGGACCUAAAUGUUUUAUAUGUCUAAACAACAUAGAAACAAAAGAAAGGAUGGUCUGAUAUUAAUCAAACUGUAUAAUUUACUGAUAAUUAAAAAUUUGUAAGUUAUGUAAAUACCUCAAAUGAGAAGUAUUAUUACAGAUAUAUCAAUGUCAUAGUUCUGAAAGGUGUUUUUUAUGGUUAUAUUCACUGCAAUACCUAAUGUUUUAGGGCAUGUAAAUUUCACUACCAGUCCAUCAAGAUGGGCAAAUGUUGAUUGAGAUGAAAGCUCACUGCAAUCAGAUACAAUAAAUAGUAGUUUAUUUAAAAUUACUGAAUUUGUAAUAUACUCUUCAAAAAAAGUAGGGGAUAUUGAAAUGCAAAUACCUAGGCAGGUUGUGAUAUGAUAAAUAGUCAUGGACACUUGAUAUGCUUUGAGAGUAUGUUCACAGAUGAAGAACUUAUCGCCCCAACAGAACCACUGAGCUGCACAUGCAACACGCAAUAGCGCCAUACACUUGGUUUUGUAUUGUUUCUGAAUAUAUUUUAAAAUUACUGAAUUAAUUAAAUUUGUAAUAUUUUAAGUGAAAUUAAAUAAAUAGUUGACUUCAAAUGAUUGAAGAAAUGUAAUAUAAUGUAUAAAUUAUAUGUAUACUAUAUACCCUAAAUAUUCUCAUUAAUUAUAAUAUUCAAUAUACACACACCUCAUAUUCUUCAUCUUAUUAUUAUGUAUAUUUUUGUAUUUAUCAGACUGGAUGUUUAUAUAAUACUGUUACUAUCAAAUACUUUACAAAUAAAAAUAUUAAUCGUU